AAAGACAAAUCUCCAUCUCCGAAAGCCCUUGUUCCAUAUAUAACUCCAGCCGCCCGAAAAGAGCUUUGGGUCAUCUGGAAAUCUGAUCCCCGCGUUCCAACAAUUGCUUCGCGGCAUGCAUGGGCCGCCUCGCGGAAUGUAAGUCCCUCGCGUGUCGAUCACUGGUUCGGCGCUCGCAAGUCAAGGGCGAAGAAAUUGGGACAACCGAUAUCAAACGACUCGUAUGAGCUUUCGCUGGAG